AUGGCGAUGGUAAUAUCUCAGGCAACAAAAGCUGCAAUUGGUGGCUUUCUGGCCCUGAUGAUCCUAGGCGCUGUUUUGGUAGUUGGAACAGCAUUUGGAUGGUUUGACCCAAAAAGAGAAGAUGAAGAUACUCCAGCGAAAAUCAGUGCAAGACUUCAAGGACGGACUUCGUUUGUCACUCAUCGUGCUGUAAAUCCAGAAGAAAACAGACUUCCAGUAAUAUCCCACUCGUCUCCGUAUUUAACUGGACAGAAGGGACAAAAAGACGAAUAUGGGUCGACUAAUAAAACUGUGAAUAGGGAUUCCGCAUCAUCCGGAACGCUGGACAAACUAAACAAACCCACAGACGUUAAUAUGCCGCUCUCGGAACAUUGUCAAUGCAGCGUUAACGAUAUUUCACGAAUCCUGGAGUCAUUGCCUGAAUUAAAGGGUCCACCGGGUCCUCCAGGGCAAACUGGACUUGACGGAACUACAGGGGCGCCAGGAAAAACGGGUCAAAUGGGAAAUCCGGGUUCCCCUGGACCCCCAGGUACUAAGGGCGAACAAGGUGAAAGAGGUGAUUUGGGCUCACCUGGCAAAGAGGGCCAACCUGGUCCAAAAGGAGAACCUGGAGCGGAUGGUACACCUGGACUACAAGGACCUCCUGGACCGCAAGGACCUCCAGGAGCAGUCGUUUCAGCUUUAAUGGAGUCAACAGGAUUAUACGGGUCUAGUAAUCAUGAAAAUCCCGGUACGCCGGGAGAAAGAGGCCCAAUGGGCUUACCCGGUCCUCAAGGCGAAAGAGGUUAUCCAGGAAAUAAGGGUGAAAAGGGCUUGCAUGGAUCUAAAGGAGAUAAGGGCGAGAGGGGCUACGUGGGUAUUAGAGGGCCAUAUGGUGCCAAAGGGGAACGAGGUCAACCUGGUCGCGAUGGAUUGCCGGGUCUUCCGGGGCCACACGGCCGGCCGGCGGAAAAGGGUGAGAAAGGUGCGCGUGGUCUACCGGGUCCACCAGGUGUUAUGAAUCCGGGAUUACUGGAAAAUUCUGUGGGGAGCAGUUUAGAACGCUCCGGGUUGCGAGACGUUUCCCCCCUUUCAAAAGGGGCUAAAGGAGAAAAAGGAGAGCAAGGAGAAAAGGGUGAAAAGGGAGUAAGAGGUAUAGAAGGGCCUCAAGGAUUUCCGGGAAAUGAUGGGAAACCUGGAGAGCGUGGAGACAUUGGGCAAUCGGGGGUAUCUGGUCCUCAAGGUGUACCAGGUCUUAACGGACCCAAAGGCGAUAAAGGCGAAGCAGGUCCGCCUGGACCAGUAGCUAUUUCAAAAGAUGAAGCAGUUAUAAUGACAAAGGGAGACAAAGGUGAGCCUGGUCCUAGGGGUAAGCGCGGUCAUCCUGGACCUCCGGGAUUAAAAGGUUCACCUGGAUUACCUGGUCCUCCAGGCAUACCUGGCAAUAAUGGAAUUUCUGGCGAUAUUGGGCUACCGGGAUGGACAGGUCCACCAGGGGCUACGGGACAACCUGGCCCGCCAGGGCCAAAAGGUGAUAAAGGCGAUUCCGGAAUUGCUCCCUUUGAUUUUGGAAAGAUUAAAGGAGAGAAAGGAGACCGGGGAGACGACGGUUCUCCUGGCUUACCUGGCAGGGAUGGGCCAAGAGGUCCACCUGGUCCACCUGGUUCUCCUGCUACGAACAUUCAAUACGUCUCAGCACCGGGACCUCCAGGGCCACCAGGUCCUCCCGGGCCUCCUGGACCCUCUAAUGUCAACGAAUUGCCCGUGGAUUCAUUAACAGACAGUCCAGGAGUUAAUCAUCGUGGGCCAAGUGUUGGGAAACAACGCGACGCUCUUCAAAUUCUAAGAAGCUUAAAUAACCUCGUGCAAAACCGCCAAGACAUUUAUGGUUUCCGAGAUUCUUUAGAUCCUCUAGAAGACGAUACAGAUUUCGAUGAUGAAGAAGAAGGCAAAGCAAUAGUUGGAACGAUAUUGUUCAAAACUACAGAAUCUUUGUUAAAACUUGGCACUCCCUGUCCUCGAGGUACUUUGGCGUAUAUCAUACGAGAGCAAGCUUUGCUUGUUCGUGUCAACAAUGGCUGGCAAUAUGUCGCGAUGGGAUCACUUUUGGCAAUACAAACAUCACCAAAUGGUGAACCAACAAGAACACCUCUUCAAAAUGUUUUGGAAACAUCUAGUUUAGUGCAUCACAAGAAUCCAGCAGGAGAAGGGCCGGUGUUACGUCUGGCUGCUUUAAAUGAACCGCAUACGGGAGACAUGCAUGGUGUAAGCAGUACCAACUAUGAAUGUCGUAGGCAAGCGCAAAGAGCCGGGCUUGAAGGCACUUUUCGAGCGUUUAUAUCUUCAAGAGUGCAAAACAUUGACUCCAUAGUGAAUUGGGUUGACAGAGAGAUUCCAGUAGUUAAUACAAGAGGCGAUGUAUUAUUUAACUCAUGGGGAGAAAUGUUCGAUGGGUCUGGAGCCCUGUUUGCACACGCUCCUAGAAUUUUCAGCUUCGGCGGAAAGAAUGUUCUAGUCGAUGCAAAUUGGCCAACAAAAGCUGUUUGGCAUGGUGCUAGUCCUAAUGGUGAGCCAGCAAUGGACGCUUACUGUGACGCAUGGCAUAGUAGCAGUGCUGACAAAUUUGGUCUGGCAUCUUCAUUGCAUUCUAACAAGCUUUUAGACCAAGAAACAUACUCCUGCAGUACAAGGCUGAUUGUACUCUGCAUUGAGGCAACACCGGCAGAUACAGUUCGAAGAAAAAAGCGAUCAAAGAAAGUCACAUUUCAAGUCGGUGACAACUCAGGACUGUUCAAAGAUGAUGAAGACAAGAAUCUUACUAGACAAAUUUUAUAG